ACGACGGUAGAUAACGCAGACCUCACGCCCGGGGCGAGCGCUGAUUGGCUGAGGCGCGCAAAGUUUGGGUGGCCGCAGAAACAGACACUGACAGCUGGGACAAUGUGCAGCUUCCCGCACUCUCUCACGGCGCUGAAGAACAACUGUGAGUCUUGCGGCAUCUCCUGCACUGCAGAGCCUACUCCGUGCACCGCUACAACUUGCGCGUCCCCGCAGGACGACGGAGGCUUCAAGCCACGACUUUCAGUUCUGUUGACACGGCAGGUGGACCUGUUGGCGGCCGCUACUCUGACGCUCUAGUUGCCGUGUGAUACGCACAUUAGCACGGCUCGCUCGACGGUCCAAAGACAGUGCUACAUCUCAAGGACGACGCUUCUUUGCCGCCCAAACAUGGUGAGAACGGAGGACCGGUCGCCAGAGUGCCCGUCUAACAUUAAUGACUGCCCCUUCAGCAUCAGGCGCAUGCUGAGCCAACCCUUGCACACUGCCGAGCUGCCUACCGUUAGCCUAACGGCAGGACACGCGCCCGCGCCCGUAACGUGCCGCGAGACGAACGGUGACCACAGUCAUCACAACAAAGCCGUCAAUGAACACGAACUGGGUAAAGACGGUAAAGAUGCCCCUGAUUCUAAAGUCGACACUGACGUCCCGAAGGAUUCAGAACAGGAGGACUUUAAGAAAGAAAAGGACGACAAGGAGGAGGGUAAAAAGCACGAGAAGCCUCCGUUCAGCUACAAUGCGCUGAUCAUGAUGGCCAUACGCCAGAGUCCCGAGAAAAGACUGACUCUGAACGGCAUCUAUGAGUUCAUCAUGAAGAAUUUCCCGUACUACCGGGAAAACAAGCAAGGCUGGCAAAACUCCAUUCGCCAUAACCUGUCCCUCAACAAGUGCUUCGUCAAGGUGCCUCGCCACUAUGACGACCCCGGCAAGGGAAACUACUGGAUGCUCGACCCGUCAAGCGACGAUGUCUUCAUCGGCGGGACGACCGGUAAGCUACGGCGAAGAUCGACUGCAGCGGCGAGAAGCAGGUUGGCGUUCCGCCGCGGGUUCGGGGUACGCUACCCGGCGGGCGUGAUGGAGUGGCCGGCCACCGACAAGACCAAUUGCUACUGGACCACCCAUCCCCCGGCCAACGGCGGUUAUUCCUUACCCCAGCACUCUCCAGGAUUCCACUACAGCCCUCCUCCCUCCAGCACGCCCGGGUUCGGCUUCACCAGCCCCCACUCCAGCACGCCGCAGCACAACUUCUCCGUGGAACGCCUCCUGAGCACGGACACGUCCCGAGCUGCUCCAGUCUGCUCGUUAAGCUCCACCGUUCUCGGGACAUUCCCGCCCCUCACGGUUCAAACGGCGUCCGGACUGCUUCAUGCUACGCUGCCCCACCCCGCGGGUCUCCUCUUCCCCUCCCACGGGCACGUGCUCCACGAUCCGUACGCGUCGCUUCGGACACUUGCCAUGAGCCCGCCGACAGCCUUCACAGGGACGGUCGGGCAGUCUCCCCUUCCGCUCGGACUUCACCUGCAAGGUAACGUCGGCGAGCAUGGCGGCCACCUCACGGUGGGAGGGACACCGCUCGUUCUACCUCGCCUAACGGGAUAGAAGCGGUCGGGACCGACCGGACUCUUGUUCAGACUGUAAGUUUCUGUUCGCAGUGUUUGUCAUGUUUCGGUUCUGAAAAUGUGGCUCUUCAUAAUGUAAUAUAGUGUUGAAGUCGGGACUUCAGUGAUUUAUUGUACAGUAAUGGUAACAAGUCUGUUGUGUGUUCCGGUAAAAAUGUGCGUCUGUGCAAACUGUGCCAUGUAGCUAUGUUUGGUGUCAAGUCAGGGUCAAGUCUAAAGUUAGUCUCUACACUGAACGUGUAGGCAGUGCGUGGCGUCUUGUAGCCAGGAAUGGCUUGUCAAAGGUUUAUGACUUAAGACUUGGACAAUAUCAGAAUUCCUGCCUUUAUAAUGAUUGUGUUUGUGGUAUAGAUCUGGAACCUUGUGGAGAAUUGAUAACUUUGACAAAGUCACAUUUUUUGUUCAUGUUGUGCAAAGUGUUGUAUCUCAGGGCCAGUUUAACUGACUUGUAUACAAAUUACGUUUAUGUGUAACAUAUGCCUCUAAUAUAAAUUUAUUAUUGUGUCUUGUUACGUAUUUUUCUAUUUCGGCACCCCGGAGUAUGGCCUGGCGUCCGGACCACUGCACCUGAAUAUAUUAUACUUCUGCUCAGCACAUACCAGAUAAACACGGAUCACGCCAGGACGAUAUCAAUGUUGUAAUUGUACAGUGUAAACCCCAGUGAUGUAUCUAUGAAGUGGAGCAGAAAUACCGUAACAGAUAUUUUGAUGUAGGUAGACUCGCUGGUUAGUAGUGUCAUAGGGGAAAAUGAAAGUUUGUGAUGGAUUCUACUAUUCUAGUGAGUAAUAUUCGAGUUGACCUGUUGUCAUCUGUAAUGUCAGCAUUCAUCGGAUGCCUUUGCCUUUGGCUAUAAAAUUGUUUUAGUGGUAGACUAGUAAGUAGACUAAGUUACACUAGGCGAGGUUCAAUACAACGCGUUUAGUUCAACCGUUUUUGUGACGCGAAGUCGGAGAACAUUUGAACUUGAAUUGUCAUAACCUUGGAUUACAUACUUGUAGUGCAGGUAAUAUAUGCUGGUGUCUGGUAUCUUGUCUCUGGCGUGAGAAGUCAGAAUAGUCAAGUGGAUUACAAACAUGUGACUUUCCUGUAGCUGUUAGUAUUGUUGUAUUCCCGCCGUUAGAGUGAUGAUGUCAUGACUGUGCCAUUUCCAAAGUGAAAGGUCGAACUCUUAAGUACAAAUAUGUAAAUAGUGUCUUUUUUGUCAGUUGUCCAGAACAGAUGGAAACGGUUGGCAGAGGAUUAUGUUCAGUCCAUUAAGUUUUUUGAUUGGGCGUUACUGACAGUUUACAAUACGAGGUCGAGGUGUCACAGUUAGCUUAUAUCCUCACAUGUUCCUUGUCAUUUUGAUGCUAUAUAUGUAUGGAAAUACUAUAUAUCAAAAGAGGAAAAGAGAAAAUACAAAAAAAGGAAAAGAGAAAAUAAAGUGUUUCAUUGUCGACAUGUGAGAAA